AUGACUGAAGCGGUGCGCAAACUCGUCCGACAUACUGGUACACACACUGAUGUCGCAGCCUGGGGAUCGAAGAAGUGCAAGUGCGAUCGAAAGAUCCCUUCAUGCACUCAAUGUCGAACUUCAUCGCUGCCAUGCCAUUACCAAGAGGGCGGUAAGAGAGGCCUUCCAGCUGCAUAUAUCACUGCUCUCGAGAAACGGCUUGCAGAUACCGAGGCUGCACUCUCCGCGACUCUCAUCGCGCUCCAAACUCAGGACACAAUACGAUUGACUGGAAGUCGCUUAUCGGGCGCAAUAUCGCAAGCUGCACAGCCACAACGCUCAAAGGCCGAAAAGCUUGAGGAUUGGAAGCGCCUGCCUUUGCAAACAGAUGAGCAAUUGGCAGCGUGGCUUCAAGCACGGCAUCCUGACAGUGCAGCUCCCGAAGCAUCUCAAUCGGGACCUAGCGAGCCCGUCCUUGGCUACCAAGCCUACAGUACACUUAGGACAAGCGAGAGGCGUCCGGAGGGUAAGGCGUACCCACAUCGGGAAACGCUCGGUGUUACUUCGACAUCAGCGUCAGCCGUUGAGCAACUGAGAGACUGCGACAUGCCUAUAAUACCGAACGUACCACGAGACUCAUACGUACAAUGGCGAGAAAAUUACUUCUGA